AAUUUGAAUGCGCUCCUGGGACCACUGCCGGGCUGAGGAGAGGUCUCCGGGCUUGGGCGCGGGUCCCCGCUGCGAGGGUAGCGGCUGAAGGAGAGCCGGGAGCUCUACGGAACACCGGGGUUCAAUUAAGAUGGCAACUUUUACUCCAAGGAAGAGGAAGCGGCAUUCUUUGAACUGUGACAGCUUAUCUUCCUCAAAGAAAUUAAUUAUGGACUUUACUGAACAUCUGUUUCCAUCACCAAAUAAAAAGCACACUUGUCAAAACAGUGAUAAAAAUGAAGAAAAGCUAUGUUUUGCUCAACAUGGCCAUUUCAUUUCAAGUCCACGCAAGACAACUAAAAAAAGUAGAUUGCCAUCUGCAAAUCACAGCUCACCAUUUAAAUCUGCUGUAUCCACUGUAUCUUUUUACAAUAAAGAUAAGUGGUACCUUAAUCCACUGGAGAGAAAGCUGAUAAGAGAGAGUAGAUCCACUUAUCUAAAAUCUAAUGAUGAAGAUAAAUCUUUUCCCAGAAUAACAGAAAAAAUGCAGGGAAAACCAGUCUGCACCAAGAAGAGAAACAAAAAAACACAGAAGAGUCUAACUGCUAAGUAUCAACCAAGUUAUAAGCACGUCAAGCCUAUAUCAAGAAAUUCUAAACAUUCCAAGCAAAAUCGGAUAUCCUAUAAGCCAGUUGUGGAAAAAGAGAAUAAUUGUUUUUUAGCUGAAAAUAACCCAAAUGCUCCUCGGGUUCUAAGCCAAAAAAUAAAGCCUCAAGUUACACUUCAGGGUGGAGCAGCAUUUUUUGUUAGUAGAAAAAAACUUUCUCUUAGAAAAUUGCCUCUGGAAAAUAAGCCAUCGUUGGAACUUACCCCAAAAAAUAAACCAGAAGUGGUUAAAGAGUCUGAGAUUGAGACUGUAUGUGAAAGAAACACUUCUGUGAAAAGUCAAGAGCCAGAGUGCUUGUUACUAGAACAGAAGUUGAAUAUGGAGCUGAGUGCAAAAAGUAAAGAGAAGGAGGAUUUAAUGAAGGAUUCAUCAGUUGAAGUAGUUUCUUCCAAAGAAUAUAAAGUUGAUGAAAAUAAGCAUUUUUCUUCAGAAGAUUCUCUAGGUGAGAAUAAGACAAUUUCUCCAGAGUCCAUCGUUUAUCCCAUCUUCAGUGUAUCUUCAAUCAAUACAAAAAGAUCUCUAGCUGAAGAACAGUCUUCUGUGGGAUCCAUCAGCUGUACUAAUUUCUCAAAACAGACCAAUACACAGAAAAAUCUGAAUACCAGAGAUACAAAUAAAGAAACAAAUGACCAGCUUAUCAUUGAUGCAGGUCAGAAACAUUUUGGUGCUACUAUUUGUAAAUCUUGUGGCAUGAUCUAUACUGCUUCCAACCCUGAAGAUGAAAUGCAGCAUGUCCAGUAUCACCACAGAUUUCUGGAGGGAAUCAAAUAUACAGGCUGGAAAAAAGAACGGGUAGUAGCAGAGUUUUGGGAUGGAAAGAUUGUCUUGGUCCUACCACGUGAUCCAGCUUAUGCUCUCAGAAAGGUAGAAGAUGUCCAAGAACUUGUUGAUCAUGAGUUGGGCUUCCAGCAAGUUGUUCCCAAAUGUCCAAACAAAACCAAAACUUUUCUCUUUAUAUCUGAUGAAAAGAAAGUAGUUGGGUGUUUAAUUGCAGAGCCCAUCAAACAGGCCUUCCGUCUCUUGUCUGAAUCAAGUGGCCCAGAAUCCUCAAGCUCUAAAGAAUGUCCCAGAGCUUGGCAAUGUUCAAAUGUGCCUGAACCUGCAGUUUGUGGGAUAAGUAGAAUCUGGGUUUUCAGACUGCAGAGAAGAAAGCGCAUUGCAAGACGACUGGUGGAUACUGUCAGGAAUUGCUUCAUGUUUGGCUGUUUUCUCAGCACCAAUGAAAUAGCAUUUUCUGACCCAACACCAGAUGGAAAGUUAUUUGCAACUAAGUACUGCAACACUCCAAAUUUCCUUGUGUACAAUUUUAACAGCUAAGGCCAACUGUAAAAGCAGUUACACAUGGAUAAGUUCACAUAACUCCUUAUCAUACAAUAUAAACUAAUAUUGAAAUAAGAAAUGCCAAGACACACACACACACACACACCCUCUCAUAGUCUUGUUCCUUGUUAUGUGCUGGAAAUCCAGGGAUAAAUUUGAUGAAAAUUAUCUGGGGAUUUAAAGAAAGGAAAAAUCUUUGGGUAACAUACUUAGAGCACUGUGAGUCCUUAAUUAUGAAACUUUAUAAGUAUAACUGGGAAAUAACUAGCCUCCUUAAGAACAUCGACCACAUAAGGUGGUUUUCUACAGAUGUCUUUUAGACAGUUAUCUUUCAGAGCAGUGUACUUUUAGUCCAGGAUUAUCUCAUACUCCAUCAGAAGGAAGGAGGCAAAUCUAAAUCCAGGCAAGCAAUUUCUAUACCCAAUUUUUAAAUAAGGUAGAAUUUCUGAGUUCUCCUCAGAGUUCUCACUUUACAAGCAUUUAUCUGUAACAACUCAGCUGAAUAUUUUUAGUUUUUAGUAAGAAAAGACAGUAAGGAAUGAGUAAGAUAUCCUAUACUCCUUUAUGCAGAACAUAAUUCCAUAGCUUAAUGUUUUAAUCUUGAAAAUCAAAUGCAUAUCUUUCAUCACAUUGAAUCAAAAUUAUACAUAGUAACUGCACUAUUGUAAUUUUUAUCGAAUGAAAAUGCAGGUACUGCGGGGCCUGGUGGUAUAUGCCUAUUAUCUGAGCAACUCGGGCGGCUGAGCCAGGAGGAUCACAAGUUGGAGGCCAAACUCAGCAAUUUAGUGAGGCCCUAAGCGACUUAAUGAAACCUUGCCUCAAAAUAAAAAAAUAAAUAAAAAGGGUUGGGGAUAUGGCUCAAUGGUUAAUGCCCCUGGAUUCAAUCGCUGGUACCAAAAGAAAGAAAAUGCUGGUACUCUGGUACUCCCACUUAAGGGACCUGGUUCCUGGUGAUUGAAGUAAUUAACAAAAUGAAUGCCUAGUUGGAUUAGAUGAUUAUUUUGGCUUCAUGUUUUAAACAUUUUUUGCUUCACUUGUCUUCAUUCUGAGAUAUCUGGCAAAAGUCCAAAAUAUGUGGUAACAGAACCAUGGUUACUAAAUAUAUGUGAGCUGGUGUACCAGAGACAUGACAUUAUGAAAAUACCGCACACUUAAAUGUGCACACAUUUUUCCAGUAUUAUUCUUGAAUAUGUAAUGGAAAAGCAAAAAUUAUUCAGAUUAUUUUGAUUCUUUAAAAUCAUUGAACUACUAUCUAACCAUAAGAAUUUGAAGAAAUAGUUUUCCAAUUUGUGUAACUCUGUAGAAUCUGUUCAUCUGCAAUCUUUAUUUGCCUGUAAGUUAACAUGGUUCCAAAUUUUAAAGCCUGGAUUCCAAAAAGAAUGUGAAAGUGUUAAAAUGUGUGCAAUUAUGAAAACAAUUUAAUGCUAUUUUCUGCACUGCUGUUUUUUAAAAUUCUUUUAAGAGAUUUUAUUUAAAAAUUUUUAUUAACAUUAUUUCAUUUGCUCAUUGCUUUUGUGAUGAAUCAGUUAAUUCUUUACAUUCCAUUUGUUCUCUUAUUCAUUUGAAUGCUCUGAUUUAUUUUUUAUUAAGAAUAGUAGAUACUCUUGAGGAAAAAAAAGAAAAAAUUGGAUAAUAUAGAAAUAGAGAUUACCCUAAAAAGCUGUUUCUCUAUAAUUCUUCCAGUAUGAGUAUACAUAUUACUUCAAAUUAAUUAAAUACACAUCUGAUCACUUAGGUAUGUCUUUUAUAUCCAUUUCUACUUUAAAUGCAUGUCAUAAUUUGCUGUUGAUAAUUUUGGUGUUUUGAUAGUUUUUGUUGUUUUAAUCAAAGUACUAACAGUACACUGAAAGGUCCUCAUAGCAAUGAGACCCUUAUAGCAGUGAGCACUUCUAGCAUCCAGAUCUUGGUUUCUCUACAAAAAAGAACAAGAGGUCCUUGGAGAAAUGGUUCAGUCUAGAGCUGGGGCCAUGAAUGUUCAAGAUGAGGUGUGCCUUAAAACUGUCAAAGUGAUUAUCAACAGUGAGCGUCUGAGAAACUAUCAGAGCCAAGGGGUCAUGACUCCUAAAUGGAAAGGGUUAUCCAAAAUGGGAUGCUGAAAUUGAGAAAGUUCAUUAAGUGAAAAUAAAUAA